UUCACCACAGAUGCGCCGUUCUCCUGGAUGGGCGCCUUGCUUGGCGGUUUCGCGCGACCGCACGCAAGCUCUCAAGCCACCAUUCCCAGGCCCCCUGAAUUACUUCUAACAUCCCCGAGGCAAUGCGAUCUGGGGUCUGUUUUCGUGCGGCGACUGGCUUGCGGCGACUCGUCCACCAUAUCUGGUGAAUUUGACCUCCACGCCUUCGCGAAUUCCACACGCAAUUCCGAGCCAUGGCGCCGAGCCAGCCUCCCAAGCCUAACCCGUUGCCUCGGGGCCCGGUGAUGGCGAUCUGCAUCAUGUAUUUCACCAACGCCCUGGCGCCCACCAUCCUCUUCCCCUUCCUGCCUCUCAUGGUCGCUAGCUUUGCUGUCACCGACGACCCCACCAAGCUCGGCUACUAUGCAGGCUACCUGGGCUCCUCGUACUUCGUCGGGUCGCUGCUCACCAGCAGCUUCUGGGGCAUCCUGUCAGACCAGUGGGGGCGCAAGCCAGUGUUAUUAAUCGGUCUGGCGACCAACAUGGUGUGCGGGGGUGCGUUCGGCCUGUGCACGUCCUUCCAUUGGGCCAUGCUCGUGCGCUUCCUGCACGGGCUCUUCUCCACCGUCGCUGCCACUGGAAGAUCCACAGUGGCCGAACUUUGUGACUCCACCAAUCAGGCGCAAGGGUUCGCCCUACUAGGAACCAACUUUGGCCUCGGGCUGCUCAUUGGUCCAGCGCUGGGCGGAUUCCUCUGCGAGCCAGCAGUGAAGUACCCCUGGCUGUUCCCGCCUCGCUCUCUCUUCGGGCGCUUCCCCUUCCUCCUGCCCUGCCUGCUGCUCGCCCUGCUCUCCCUGCUCGGCCUCCUCGCCACCGCUGCCCUGCUGCCAGAGACCAAGGGUGGGCGCGCCCUGUGGUCAACAUCGACGAUGACCUUCAAUCCGAUAGCAAUAGUGGGGGCUUCAAUGAUGGCAGCAACAGUGGCAGUGAUGCCACCGCUGCCCUGCUGUGGGAGACCAAGGGGUGGGCGCACCCUGUGGUGGACAGAGAUAGUGAUCUGCAUGGUCAUAAGCAUUGUGAUAUCGAGGAAUGUGGUAGUAACGAGGGCGGAGCGAUGAGGAGUGUUGAAGCAGAAAGUGGUGGCCGCAGAGAGACGACCGUCAUUAGAGUCACAGUGGCCUCAGUUGACAGUGGCAGCUGCGGCAGCAGCAGCAGCAGCAGCAGGAGCAGUGGCAGUGACAGUGGAAGCCGAAGGUCGAGCCUGAGCCAGCCUCUGUUGCAGUCAAUAGCAGAGGAGAGAGACGAAGGGGAGGAGGAGGAGGAGUGGGAGAGAGGGGAAGGAGGGAGAGAAGGCAAACGGUGUGAGUGCAGGGGGGGUGAUGAAGUGGCGCAGGGGCAGGGAGGGCAGCAAGGGAGUGAGAGGCGAGCAGGGAGUGGAGACGGGGAGCGGGGCGGGGAGGAGGAUGUGGAGGAGGAGGAGUAGGAGAAGGGUGGGGAGAGUAUGAUAAAGACCGGGCCGACUAUAGGGAUGGCAGCAGAGCCAGGGGGGACCUGAACCACCUGAAGGACCACCUGAAGGACCACCUGAACGGACAACACCUGAGAGAGCCGUUACUCUCUGCAGGGGGGGAAGAAGACGAACGACAUGCAGGAAGGCGUUACAGUGAUGGAGGUGUUGGCGCCUUCUGCGGGGGCUCCUCUUGGUUCUGCUCCUGCCUGCCACAGCUGUCUUGUUGCUGCCUGCCCUCCUGCCUGCCCCACCCGUCUCUCUCCCCUGUGGGCCUCUUCUCACCUCUCUGUGGGCAGCAGCUGGCGCAGGCACUGUUUGACAGCGCCA